AUGAAGCCAAAGACAGCUUACUCAACCAAAGGGAGAAAUGAUGUCCAACUGAGCAGAACACAUGGAUGCAACCAAACCAAAUCUACCCGUAAAACGAGCUCCGUAAAGCUCUCCUUCCACACCAUGGGCUGGGGCAACUGGUUUGACCAUGUCAUCGGCUGGUGGAAAGCUAAGGAGAAGCAUCAGAUCCUGUACUUGUUCUACGAGGAUAUGAAGGAGGACCCAAAACGUGAGAUCAGGAAAAUCAUGAGGUUCAUUGGAAGGGAUCUUCCGGAGGAUGUUCUGGAGAAGAUAGUUCAGCACACCUCGUUCCAGUCCAUGAAAGACAACCCAAUGGCCAACUACACCUCCCUGCCUUCUUCUCUGCUAGACCAUUCCUGCUCAUCUUUCAUGAGAAAAGGAGAAGUUGGCGAUUGGAUGAAUCACUUUACUGUAUCUCAGUCGGAGAAAUUUGAUGCUGAAUAUGAGAAGAAGAUGACAGGGACGGACCUUAAAUUCUGAUUCAGUAUUUAAAGCCUCUGUCCCACUGCUAGAGCAUUGAGGGCCAUUCCAUCAUUUAGGCCGACAACGUGCCCAAUGGCUGAGACGGACCUUGCAUGAUCCAGAUUGGUGUUUCUGGAAUAUGGCCUCUGUGAUCAUGGAGGUUUCCUAUCCCUUUCACCCAAAUAAACAUAAAGCGAUCUCUGAAAGACCUCUCGAGAAGAUGCAUCAAGUGACCCAAUGAAGCCAAAGACAGCUAACUCAACCAAAG